GCGACUGCCAUAGCCCCGCUGUGCAUGUGAUGACCUACUACAGGUGGACCUCACAGAGCUUUAUGAGGAAGGAGAGAGCUUUGACACUCAGGAUGGCGACCUACAAGAACAGAAACGAGUGCCACAGAUUGAGUGUCACCGUCUUGCCAAGGCCGCGUUUGAAAGGCUGUACAGUGUGUGCGAGCGCUGGAAUCGCGAAUUGCCGGAUAUCCCCAUGCCAGAGAGGAUGUACGAGGUCUAUGCACAUGCCAUCAAGAACACGCGGCGCAAGAUGGAGGACCGCCAUAUCAUCUUACACGAUCUGAACAGUCUCUUCAAACUCAAGGGUUUCCCCAGUCAGUCGUACUAUGCCGUAUAUGAUGGCCAUGGAGGGGUGGAGGCAGCCGUUUACACUGCCAGUCAUCUCCACUGUCACAUGGUCCACAAUCCCCAGUUUGACGGGGAUGUGAACACAGCAAUAAAGGAGGCCUAUCGCAACACAGACAAUAACUUCAUUGAGAAGGCACAAAGGGAGGGAUUGCGGAGUGGAACUACCUGUGUGACAGCUUUAAUUCGGGGUCAGAUGUUACACCUGGCCUGGCUGGGGGACUCCCAGGCUGUCCUGGUGAAGGAUGGCCAGGUACAUGAUGUGAUGAACCCCCAUAAACCAGAGAGAGAGGAUGAGAAGAAAAGGAUAGAAGACCUUGGAGGCGUCGUUGUCUGGUUUGGAACAUGGAGGGUCAACGGAAACAUCGCCGUUUCAAGAGCAAUAGGUGACAUUGAGCACAAGCCCUACAUCUCAGCGGUACCUGACAUUUUGAGCGUAGAACUGGAUGGCACAGAAGAUUACCUGAUUCUAGGCUGUGAUGGUGUCUGGGACACACUACCCAAGGAGGAACUACCUGAGAUCAUGUACACAUACUUGCAGGAGUGCGACGGUGACCGCACCAUGGUUGCCCAGCGCCUCGUCAGUAUAGCCCGCGACAAUGGCUCCACGGAUAAUAUCUCUGUUGUUAUCGUCUUCUUCAAGGAUGACAUUUCAGAGCCCAAGCCAACGAGAUCCACCAUUGAAGAGGCCAAGAGAUCUGAUAUGGAUGCGAAAGGCAAGGGAGAUAACUGUGAAGGAAAGGAAAAUUCUGAUGGAGAUUUGUCUCCCCUUGGCACAUCAGGCGGUCUAGGGUCCUGUGAUAAUAAUGCAGGGUCAGUAAAGAAAUGCAACGGUGUCACAUCUGAUAAACAAAACAGCAGCCGAAAGUCACGACGUGAUGGAAGCUGCAACGCAAACAGCAGACAGAAAAAGAAUUCCACAAAAAAUGGGUUAAAGGCAAAGAAGAAGCGAACCACAACAUCAACAACAACGACAUCAACUAAGGAUGCAGGCAAAGAUAAUUUCAUGGAAACUGGCAAGAAACCGCUACGGUCCAGUUCCCAAAUAAACACAGAUUCCAGAAAGUCAAGGUCUAAGUCAUGCACAUCCAGAAACAAAAAAGUCAAGAACAAAACAGAUAGUAAAGAAACUGUUUGGGCUUUUACGGGUAAGUGUCAAACACGUGUACAAAACCACAGGCUAAAUCAUAGAGCACAGGCCCCAGCACGAUUAACUCAGGCCAGCAUCGGUCCAGCAAACUCGUACAUGAGCAAGGAAUGGCUGUCCAAGACAAUGACGCGAAUCCUUGAGAAAAGGCAACAUGGCGGAAAGCAAACCCAGCCAGAAGCAAAUCGAACAGAGGAGCCACAGCAUGAAACGCUGAUCCCAUGGUACGCCCAGCGAGAAGACGAACUGUCCGACGAAGAGGACGGAGUAUUAGUAGAUGAGACCUUGUACGGGAAUCAGAGCACGUUGUACCAGACCAAAGGGAGGUCACUCUUGAUGACGUCUGGCCUCAAACAUCAGCAGGGGAGUAUGAAUCCUAGCACAUCGACAACCCUUGGCAGUACCAGAGCAACACCACUCUGUGGCUCUAGAUAAUUGGAAUUUGCUUUACCAUCUGAACUAUUACUGUAUCGAAGCUUGCAUGUGGUCUUCUGUAUGUCUGCGUGUGUGUGUGGCACAUGUAUGGAAUCUUGUUGUUGAUGUUGUUGUUGUUGUUAUUGUAACAUUCUGUUUACAGGCAGCUGUAUUCUGGUCAUAGUCUUCGAUAUUUUACCUAUAAUUUUUUGUGUCUCUUCCCCCAUAUUUAUACUCUUGUUGUGUCCUUGUGUUAUCUUCAAUCACUUGUGAACUUGUACUCUCAUCAAUAUAUUUAUUGCAGUGUGUUUAUUGACACUACAAAGAUGCCAAUUUUUAUAUUUAACUACACGGAAACGUCAACUUCUGCUACAAGGAAAGACCAAAAAUGAAUGAACGUUUUUUUUUUUUGU